GUCGCACCCUCGUUCGUCAUCACUCCGCGACAAGUUGAACAAACAUUCAAACGUGUCCCGCUGCUAAAUAUUAGGGAGAAAAGCGUAACGAAAUGAGAAAAUGCCCAUUUGCUGGCUCAUUAGUGAAGAGGGGAAUCACAAACCCAUUCACCUGCCUCAUUUACAGACAGUUGUCGUGGGUCGAGGCCCAGAAACUACUAUCAAAGACAAAAAAUGCUCCCGGCAUCAAGUUGAACUGAAAGCUGAAUGCAACAAAGGUUAUGUCAAAGUGAAGCAGCUGGGGUUAAACCCCACCUCUGUCGGCUCCUUGGUGGUGGGUAAAGGCAAUGAGGUCAAAAUGAAGCCUGGAGAGCAGCUGCUCGUGGUCAACAGCCUUUAUCCAUACACCGUGCAGUUCAAAGAGGACACCACCGGGAGCCAGGGCGCCACCAAAAGACCACCAGAGCCAGUCAAAGAGAAUGGAGGAAGCCAAAGAGAGACAGACUGCCUGAAAGCUGGACAACUCACAGAAAAAGUCGCUGCAGCUGUCAUUCCAGGAGAAGCCACAAAAACUAGUGGAAUUUCUGGGCAUUGGAGUCAAGGCUUGAAAACUUCAAUGCAAGACCCCAAAAUGCAGAUAUACAAGGACGAUACAGUUGUAGUGAUCAAAGACAAGUAUCCCAAAGCUCGUUACCACUGGCUGGUUCUUCCAUGGCAGUCGAUUCCCAGCCUGAAGGCUUUGAAGGCAGAACACUGCGAUCUGCUGAAACACAUGCAGAAGGUGGCUGAGCGCAUGAUUAAGCAAUGUCCAGAAUCCAGCUCACUUAGCUUCCGGACUGGUUAUCACGCCAUCCCAAGCAUGAGUCACAUCCACCUCCACGUGAUCAGUCAAGACUUUGACUCUCCUUGUUUGAAGAACAAGAAGCAUUGGAAUUCCUUUACCACAGAUUACUUCAUAGAUUCUGAAAAUGUCAUUCAGAUGCUUGAAAAGGAUGGGAGCGUCUCUGUGAAGGAUGGGACUAGUGAGCUGUUGAAAUUGCCUCUCCAAUGUCACGUGUGUCACAAAGAGUGUCCCACCAUUCCUGCCCUGAAAGAGCACCUGAAGCACCACCUCUCUAAAUAACCGUGGGACUUUUUUAUUCUGGGCUGUUUUGCUCUAAGUUAGCUCAUUUUCUAGAAAAUUCAGAGCGGGAACAUUAUUUUUUCAGGGUUUCUGUCUGUUGGAGUUUGAAGUCAAAAUACCCAGAUAUUCUUCAGAAAUACUUGUUAUCCAUCACAUGUCACAACAUUCUUUAGAGUUGCCUAAUAAAAAAACUCUACAUGUUGCAAUAAUUGUUAUCUAAAUACGUAGUUCUCCUUUUUCCAAAUUUAGCUUUUAAGCAUUUUGACUUUAUUGUUUGGUUAGUGUUGACUGUGAAGCAUUUUUUAUGGUUUUGUGUGAACAAACAACCGUUUUGAGUUUGAAAGACUUAAGUGAUUUUCAGCAAAUAAUAUAUAUUAGUGAAUAAACUGUACUGAACCAAAAGA